AUGUUGGGUAUGGGCACCAGUGUGGGGAUCUACAUACCACUUGCUGUGGUUGACAGUGUACCCACGGCCCCCACUGCACAUCUGGCAGACAAAAGAAAAUCUCAUGAGCUGGAGAUGUGUAAACUGAAAAUAGAUUGGCAAAAAGACAAGAUUGAUGAGCUGACCAAGGAGAGAGACUAUCUAAAAGAGCAGCUGGCCUCAGCUCUUAAAAGAGGGGACACCGUUUCAAAGAAUACAAUUCCCCUGUCUUUAGAUUCCUGUCGUGACAGCUCAGAAUCUUCCUCUGAUUCUAUGUCUGACUCCUCUAUAUCCUCAUCAGAGGGGGACAGGAAGAAGAAAAGGGUGAAAAGAAAGGGGAAAGGGAAAAAGUAUGGGAAGAAGUCAAAGAAAAUGGAAACAAAGACACGUCAGAGAGCUCAAACACCAAAGCAGGUUGUGGCCCGAUAUGAAAGAGUUAUUCGACACUUCAGCAGAGGAGGGACCAUGUCGGCUGCAUUCAAGCAGGUUGGGGUGGACCGGAACACCAUCGUAGUCAAUGCACCGAUUGCUGAAUUGUACAUCGCUGCUCCCUCCAAAUUUAAAGAACUCCUUAAAACCCACAGCAGUGAUGUUAAACUCAGUAUUUUUGCCACACAAUGUGCUGCUGUGAUUCAUGAGGAUCCAGCUAUAGAAGAUACUAUCAAAGCUUUUAAGGCUUCCGGUAAGCUGCUGCCUCUAAAAGGAAAGUGA